AUGCCGAAUAUUAGUGAAUUAAUGUCCAAAAUAAUAGCAAAAUACAUGGAAUAUGAUGAUUCUGCUCUUUAAUUACCUGAAAACUUAGUUAACUUACUACUUAUUCAUGCAUCCCUAUUGAAUAUUUCAUACAUAUAUUAUCAGAAUUCAUCUUCUUGGCUUUAUACUUUAGUACUAUUUGCUAGACCAUCAGUUAGCAUUUAGAUUUCACAUUUUUAUAUUUUUGGAAUUUGUUAUUUGCUAUUACAUGUACUAUGUAUAAUAAAAGCUAAAUUACUGGGUAGGAGUAUAGUAAGUCUAAUAAAUAGUUUAAUGAAGGUAGGGUUACUGAAUUUUGUAAUUGAAUAGUUUGAUGACAUUUUUGGGUAUUUAAUAGGAGGAAUUAUAUUAGUAAUAUAAUUGUUUGAGAUCUUGUUUAUUUAAGGUACAUUAGAUAUAAAUACAAAGAAUUUUUAGCGUACUUAGAUUACUUUUUUCAGCAUCAUAACAUUAAUUAUUAAUAUACUGCUGAUGACAUUUUAUAAAUUAAAUUUCCAGCUUAGACAUAUAUAAAUUGUUGCAAUAUUAAAUUCAACCACAUAAGCUUUGGAUCUUAUUUUAUUAAAAAAUUAUAGAAGUCCAAUAAUUAGAUUAAUAAUAAUAUCAAUUUAAUUGGUGAGUGUUUAUGUUGGGAUUAUGCAAUUUAUUCAUUUUGAGAAUUCUUUCACUCUUAUAUUAGUACCUUUCUUUUUUAAAAUAAUAUCAUUACUAAGAUUAUCAGAUUUAAUUUAUACAAAAGAUCCAAUAAUUAAUGCAUCUAUUUUAAUAUAAGAUAAAAAAUUUUAUGAAAGUUUUAUAAUUCUAAAUAAAUUAAAGGAUCAAAAUUUCAUUAGAUAAAUCAAAAGAAAUCAAAUGUUAAAAAAAUGCAUUAAUUCAAUUAAUUAAGAAUUAUAAUAAAAAGUAGGAAGUUAAUAAUUAUUAGGAGUUGCUUCAAAAUUAAUCUAAAAUGAUAUUAAAAAUAUAAAGAUUUAAAAUAAUUUAUUAAAAAUAAUUUAAUGGAAAAUAAAAUUAUUAUAAAAUUGGAAGGUUAAUGAAUUUGAUGAGAUUUAUAAAUUUGUUAAUAGUAUGUUAAAAUUAAAGAAAUAAUUAGAUAGUUAUUAUUUAGCUGAACCUAAUAGUAUGGUAUAAGCUUUAAUUUGUUUUUUUUAUGCAGAAAUCUUAAAUGAUUUAUUAGAAGCAAAUGAAAUGAUAAUUCAUGCUAAAAAAUCAGCAGAUAUAUACUUUAUAGAUUAUACAACAAAUAAAAAUAUGUUUUAUAUUACUACAAAAUAUGAAAAUGGAUAAUUACAAAUGAAUAAAAUAUCAAGUAAUGCUCCAUCUUUUAUAUGUAAUAAAAAAUUAUAAGAAUUAAUUCCUCCAGGUGUUCGUGAAUGGCAUAAUAAAUUAGUAGAUGAAUUUAUAAUAACAGGAAAAUCUAAAUUUGUAAGAUAAUUGAAUUAAAAUUAUGUAACUCAUGGUUAAUCAAUUGACACUGUAGAUUUUGCUAUUGAUUUAACCUACUCAGAUUAAGUAAAUUUUAUUUGUCUAAUAUCUCCAACUUUAAUUAAGAAUGCUACUUUGAUAGUUGAUGAUAAAUAUAAUAUAACUAGUUAUACAAAUUAAUUUAAAGAGAUUAAAUAAUAUAAAUUAUUAUUUUCUAGAGGAUCAUCUAUAUUUAAUAUUUUCCCAUAAAUUUAAGAAAUAAAGUAGACCUGUUUUCUAGAAAAUGUUCUUAUUAAUACAAAAAAACUAUUAAAUUAUAAUGAUGAUUAAGAUGAUGUUAGAUACUAUUGUAAUUUAGAAAUAAUUGUCAAACAUCAUUAAGAUGUUAUUAUAUAUCUGAUUGUAAAAUUAGAAAACAUACAAAUUAUAUAUUCAAAUACUGGUAACUCUAGUAAAAAAGAUACAAUGACAAUUCAUUCUUCUUCUAAUAAUGAAUUAAGUAUAGCAGAAGAAAGACAUUUAAUAUCUUAAUAGAAUUCUAAAUAAGAGAUUCCUAUUUUUGAAUAUAAUGAAGAAAUUAAGAGCUUAAAAUAAUUAAAGAGUCUAAAUGAAAAGAAAAGUCUAAAUGAAGAAGCUAUUAAAAAUGUCUUAAAUAUUGAUACACCUUAACCAUAAGUAUUUACAUCUAGAGGAGAUCCAGAAUAACAUCUAUUAGUUGAUAAAGUUAAAACUGAAAGCAAAAAGUAUUCAGUUAAAUCUCAAACAUAAGGUGGAGAUGGAAAAGAAUAAUAGUAACAAUAAUAAGAUGUAAAAAAAGAAGAAUUUUUUGAUAGGGAAGAUUGUUCUUAAGUUUCUUCUAUAAGAAUGCUUAGAAAUUCUAAAUUUUAUAGGAAAUAUGAUCUUUAUAAUAAAUUUAAUAAACAUAUGCCUUUAAAAAGAUAACAUUAAUUCUUAGUCAUACUAUUUGUAUUAAGUUUAAUUAUUUAAGGAUUAUUCAUCAUUAUUGUAAUAUAUUAAUAUUAUAUUUUAGCAAUUAACAAGUUUAAAUUUGGUAUCAUUUGCUAUUGAUAUCAAUUUAUUAGAAAUCAAAAACUUAUUCUUCUAACCAAUGGAUAUGUUUCUAGUUACUAGAUGGAAUUUAUGGACUUAUAAUUUUUAAAAAUCUAACGGCAUUAUAUCUCAAGAAGAAUACAAUUCAGUUUCAAAAUUUGCGACUUCAAAUUUAGGACUUGGAUUUGAUUCUCUUAAUUCAAACUUAAAAUUAGUAUUGAAUCGUUAAGAACUUCAAGGUUUACUACAAACCAAAUAUAUAGAAGCUUAUUCUUAUCUUGAUACAUAUAAAUCAGAAUAAUAUAAUAUGACAUUAAGGACAGCAAUAUCUGUUUUAUUAAAUUUCUAAUACAUUUUGAAAAUGAAUUACAUAUAUGAAAAAACGGUUAAAGCCGACAGUCCUUAAAUCUUUUAUAGUUUUAAAAAUUAUCCUAUAAUCAGAGAUAUUAUGACUUAAUUAAAUUCAGAUAUAAUGGUAUAAACAAUAGCAAGAGGAUAAAAUUUUGAAGAUGAAAUGGAAACUCUUUUUUUAUUUCAGUAGAUAUUUUUGAUAUUUAUGGUACUUUCUAUUAUCUAUGCUAAAAUUUAUAUAAAUAAAAAACUAAUAUUGUUUUUACAUUUGAGUUAAUAUUCUGAUAAUGAUGCAAUUUAACAUGAGAUUUAAAAGUUUAAGCAAUUACUUGAUAAAUUAUAAUCAGAUAAUUCUUAUAAAUUUAAUUAUUCUCUUAAAAUAGCAGAUAAGGAAUUUUAAUUUUUGGAAGAAAAAGUAGAGAAAGAGAAUAAAAAUACAAAAAAUUUAAGGAAAAAAAGAAUAUCUCCUUAUAGAUUUGUAUUUAUACUCAUUUUAUUUUAUUCUAUACUUACUAUAAAUAGUAUAGUAAAUUAUUAUGAAUUUUAAAAGUAUCUAAAAAAAUAUCCUGAAACAGCUUAAUAUAAAAAAUAAUUGGCUGAUCUUGGUGGAGAUAUACCAUUAAUGUUCGCUUAAAGGGAAGUUCUUUAUGGUAGAAAAAACUAUAUGUACUUAGAUGCUGCUUAUUUCGAUAGGAUGUGGUAUUAUAUUAUGGAGUCUCUUAAUAAUACCAAAUUAUUUACAUCAUAAGAUCCAGAUUUUAAUAAGUAAUUUAUAAUAAUCAUAUUUAAAGAAUGCUUGUGACUAAUAAUUUUAAUGACUUUUAUGCUUAAAUUUAAUUGAGUGAUUUAUGUGAAUAUUUACCAGGAGAUAUAAAGAUUAGAGCAGUAUCAUUAUGUCCAACUAUAAUGAAUUAAAAUAUGAGACAUGGACUUAAAGCGAUGUUGAUAUACAUUCAAAACUUAAUUGAGACUGAUGUUGCAAUCAAUAAUUUUACUUACAGAGCAGUUCCAACUUAAAAUGAAUUAGAAGGAGCAUUUAUGAUAUCUGAAGUUAUAAAUGUAAUGAAUUCUUAUUUUUAUAAUGAUUUAAUUGAUGUUACAACCAAAUUGGUGGAUCAAUAAGAAGUAAAUUAUUCUAUUAUAAUAGAUUUUCAAUAUUUGCUAUUUAGUUAUACUUUUCGGGGUUUUAUUGAUUAUAAUUACUGAAGUUAAGAACAAAAUAUAUGAAAAUAGUAAGAUCAUAAUACAUUUUGUAUAUGUGAUACCUUCCCAAACAAUAUUCACUGAUGAUACAUUUGAAAGAACUCUUAGAACUUUAAUCAAUUUCUGA